AGGGCCUGACCCUAGGCCAGGAGUGGGCUCUGGAGAACCCCUUGUCCCGAUUGAGGCGAGGACUCCCGACAACGGUGCACACGGAGCUGAAGCUGUGAAGGAUGGGUAAAGACUUCCGUUACUAUUUCCAGCACCCCUGGUCUCGCAUGAUUGUGGCCUACUUGGUGAUCUUCUUUAACUUCUUAAUCUUUGCGGAGGACCCAGUUUCUCACAGCCAGACAGAAGCCAAUGUUAUUGUUGUUGGAAACUGUUUUUCCUUUGUAACAAAUAAAUACCCCAGAGGCAUUGGCUGGAGGCUCCUGAAGGUGCUCCUGUGGCUACUGGCCAUUCUCACAGGACUAAUAGCUGGCAAAUUUCUGUUCCAUCAGCGUUUGUUCGGUCAAUUGCUGCGGUUAAAAAUGUUUCGAGAGGACCAUGGGUCCUGGAUGACGAUGUUCUUCAGCACGAUUCUCUUCCUCUUCAUCUUUUCUCACAUAUACAACACCAUUCUUCUAAUGGAUGGGAACAUGGGAGCAUAUAUCAUCACGGACUAUAUGGGCAUCCGAAAUGAAAGUUUCAUGAAACUUGCAGCAGUGGGAACCUGGAUGGGGGAUUUUGUUACUGCUUGGAUGGUCACUGAUAUGAUGCUUCAGGACAAACCCUAUCCCGACUGGGCAAAGUCUGCAAGAGCAUUCUGGAAGAAAGGAAAUAUUAGGAUCAUUUUAUUCUGGACGGUUCUGUUCACCCUGACGUCUGUGGUGGUGCUUGUCAUCACAACUGACUGGAUCAGCUGGGACAAGUUGAAUAGGGGAUUUCUGCCCAGUGAUGAAGUUUCCAGAGCAUUUUUGGCUUCUUUCAUCUUGGUGUUUGACCUCCUUAUUGUCAUGCAGAUUAAAAUAUAA